UGCGACAAGUGACACUAACUGCUUGAAGCACUAUUAAAAUCACUGUGUGAGAGCUUUUUAAAAAAAAAUCACAGUUCAGCAGUUUCCAUUGCAACUAUGUGCGACUUUGAUCUCUCUCAAGCUCUUGACUGCUCACCUGAAUCACAUGAAGAAAGAUUUGAAUCCUCCUGCUUUGACAUGGAGGAUGUUAAAAGUGAGAUCUUCCGAUUAAAUGAGGACCUGGACCUGAUGGUUUCCCACAACAGGAAGACCAUGCAGAGUGUGGCUCUUCUAGUGCUGGGGGUAAACAGGAUGAAAAAGCCACUUAAUCUGCACAGCCGGAAGCUCAGUGAUUAUGAUGUCGUUAACAUUAUGGACAGUGUAGUGGAAGAAACUGUUUGGAACCCUCUCGAAGAAGCAAAAAGGAAGCACUUCCUGCGUGCCAACAGUGAGAAGGAGUGCACGCUGUGUGACCACUGGCAGAAAGAUCUCGUCCUGUCAGGAGACUUACAGCUGCAGGCCAUCACUCUGAAAGGAGGAAACUACCAACACAAAGUGAAUUUUAAAAUGUCGAGGUACAACUCUUCCUCCGUCACUCCUGGUGAUGGUCUGACUGUUGUCCUGUCUAUCAACAUCAACCUGCACAUUUCCUGCCGCAAGAAAGAUGAUAAUGUUGUGCUGACUCUGGAGAAAUACGAUGGCGACAUUUCAACCGAUGGUGACAUGGAGCGUUUCCUCUUCUACAAGAAGACCACAGGAAUAUCUAUGACCACGUUUGAGUCUGUCAAGUUCCGCGGUUGGUUCAUCAGCACUUCAGAAUAUGAAAACCAGCCUGUGGAACUGUGUAAGGUGGACACUGCCAGCCGUCUCACCUGCUUCCGAGUUAACUAAAAAUUGUUACAGGAGCCGUGUGUAACUGGGUUUUUUUUGUUGUUGUUGUUUGGUUUGUAUUUCUCUUACACAACCACUAGAUGGAGGAAUUGUAUACAGUAUUGCCUGUGUCUGUAGCAGUAGUUCUCUGCACUUAGCGAAGUAAAAAAGCUAAAAUUCAGUGUAACCCACUAAAAACACUUUUACUUUAUAAUAAUUUUACUUACAACAUGCUUUGUAAAAAAGAAAAAUAAGAAAAGAAAAAAAGAACACGCCUUCUUUGAGGGAGAAUUUUGUAACAGGACAUUCCUUAAAACUACAGAGUGAGUACUUAUUUACUUUUUUCCUCUUCUUUUUUUGAAGAUCUAUCAUUUAAUAUUCAAAUUGAAGUUAUUUCUGUGGCUUGUCAAAUAAUGAGAUCCUUUAUAUUCUGAUUUUUUUUCAUGUUUUUUUAUUAAGCGUAUUGCAAAUAUCGAGAUAAUUUCCGUCAAAGUUAUAGCAGGAGUCUUUCAUUGUCUGAUAUCUGUUGUUGUUGUGGGUUUCAAAAAAUGAAUAUUAUGUAUUUAUAUAAUCAAUUCCUACUUGUUUGUGGAUAUUUUGUACUUUGCUAUCAAACCAUUUUAAACCUCU